AUGAUCUCCAGCACCAUGCUGACAGGGGGGGAAAUGCACUUGUUGGUCCACCAGCCACCGUGGCAGGUGUUUUCAGAGACUGACUGGUCCAAAGACCUCCUGAGCCUUCUGACCAACUACCUGCAAUCUCUGGCGGCAGGUAGCCUGGCAGGUGAGUCUGCUGGGCUAUGGAACUGUUGUCCUCUGUCCCCAGGCCUCCACACAUUCCCUCCUCCUUUACCCCCAGCGCCCUCCUCACAUCCCUCCUCCUUUACCCCACGCCUCACACAUCCCUCCUCACUUUACCCACCCCUCCUCACAUCCCUCCUCCUUUACCCAGCCUCCUCACAUCCCUCCCUCUUUUACCCCAGGCCUCCACACAUCCCUCCUCCUUUACCCCAGCCUCUUCCUCCAGCCUCCCAAUCCCUCCUCCUUUACCGCCUCCUCACAUUCCCAUCCUCCUUUACCCCCGCCUCAGUCCCUCCUCCUUCAGGCCCCUCCAUCCCUCCUCCUAUUCCCAGGCCACCUCCCACCCCUACCCACUUCCUCACAUCCCUCCUCCUUUACCCCAGCCCCUCGUCCACACUCCCUCCAUCCUUAGACCCCAGCCCUCCUCACAUCCCUCCUCCUCUACACCCCAGCCCUGUCCUACAUCCUCCUCCUUUACCCAGCGCCUCCCUACAUCCCUCCUCCCUUUACCCCAGCCCUCCUCACACCCUCUCCUCGCCCAUCCCUCUCCUUUACCUAGGCCGUCCACACAUCCCUCGCUCCUUUACCCAGCCCUCCUCACAUCCUCCUCCUUACCAGCCUUACACCCUCAGCUUACCGCCUCCUCACAUCCCUUCCUGCCUUUACCCCAGCCUCCUCACAUUCCCUCCUCCUCUUACCCCAAGCCCUCCUCACACCUUCCCUCCUCUUACCCCCACCCUCCACACAUCCCUCCUCCUUUACCCCAGGCCUCACACAUCCCUCCUCCUUUACCCCAGCCCUCCUCACAAUCCCUCCUCCGUUUUACCCCAGCCUCCACACAUCCCUCCUCCUUUACCCCAGUCCGCUUCCUCACAUCCCUCCCUUUCCUUUACCCAGCUACAAUCCUUACUCCAAGCCCCUCACAUGCCCUCCUCCUUUACCCCAGCCCUCCUCACAUACCCUCCUCCUUUACCCCAGGCCCCUCCACACAUCCCCUCCUCCUUUACCCAGACCCCUCCUCACAUCCCUCCUCCUUUACCCCAGCCCCCCAUCCUCCUUACCCAGCUCCCCACCUCUCUUUACCCAGCUCCCUCUCCACAUCCCUCCUCCUUUACCCCAGCCCCCGCAUCAUCCCUCCUCCUUUACCCUCAGCCCUUCUGCACAUCCGCUACCUCCUUUACCCCAAGCCCUCCUCACAUCCUCACCUCCUCUACCCCCAGGCCUCCACACAUCCCUCCUCCUUACCCCAGCCCUCCUCACAUCCCUCCUCCUUUACCCCAGCCCUCCUCCACAUCCCUCUCCUUACCCACAGCAAUCCCACAGCCCCUCCUUUCCCAGCUCCUCAUCCCUCCCCUUACCGCGCCUCCACUCCUUUUACCCCAGCCUCCUCACAUCCCUCCUCCCUUUACCCCAGCCCUCCUCACAUCCCUCCUCCUUACCCAGCCUCUCACAUCCCCUCUUACUCAGCUCCAACCCUCCCUCCUUUACCCCAGCCCUCCUCACAUCCCUCCUUCCUUUACCCCAGCCCUCGCACAACCCUCCUCCUUUACCCCACCCCUCCUCCAUCCCUCCUCCUACGCCCAGCCCUGCCCACAUCCCUCCCAUUACCCCAAGCCCUUCCUCACAUCCCUCCUCCUGUUACCCCAGCCCUCUCUCACAUCCUCCUCCUAUUACCCCAGGCCUCCACACAUCCUCCUCCUUUACCCCGCCCUCCUCUACAUCCCCUCCUCCGUUUACCCCAGGCCUCCUCACAUCCCUCCUCCUUUACCCAAGCCCUCCUCACAUCCCUGCUCCUUUACCCCAGCCUCUACUCCCUCUCCUUCAUCCCACUCCUCCCUAUCCUAUGCUCCUCUAGUACUCCUCCUCCUACCCCAGCCCUUCUCAAGUCCCUCCUCCUUUACCCAGCCCUCCUCACAUCCCUUCCUCCUUACCCCGCUCACACAUCCCUCCUCGCUUUACCCCAGCCCUCACUCACCUCCUCCCCUUUACCCCGCCCUCCACAUCCCUCCUCCUUUAACUCCAGCCCUCUCUCACAUCCCUCCUCCUUUCCAGCCCCACACAUCCUUCCUUUACCAUGGCCUCACACAUCCCUCCUCCUUACCCCAGCCGCUCCUCACAUCCCUCCUCCUACCCGGCUCAAUCCCUCCCUUUACCCAGCCCUCCUCACAUCCCGCCUCCUUUCCCCAGAGGCCCCCUCACAGCCCUCCUCCUUUACCCAAGCCUCCACCACAUGCCUCUCCUCUGUACCCCAGCCCUCCUCACAUCCCUCCUCCUUUACCCACCCUCCUCACAAUCCUCCUCCUUUACCCGAGGAUCACCACGAGGAGGUCAGUGUCAACAACCUCCUUCCUCAAAGUCAUCGAGAAAAAGGAGCUGAUCGUGGACUACAGGAAACAGAGGAUCGAGCAGACCCCCAUCCACAUCGACUGGGCU